UUCUUUUUUCUUUUUUUUAAUGUCCAUGUUCCUCACGCCAAACUAAAGAAAUAUGAUUAAUUUCUAAGAAAGAUAUCAGCGUAAUUGACAUUAAAAACUGUUCAUUUACUCAUAUUCCAAUAAUCUUUCAUCAAAUCUGGCUCAACCCAAAUAUGUUUUCCUCUCAAUCUUCUGCUGCUGCUGAUACGAUCAAGGCAAGGACAUUCGAUGUUUUCCUUAGCUUCAGAGGCAAGGAUACUCGUGAUGGUUUCGUGAGUCAUCUGUAUAAAGAUUUGUGUCGAAAGAAUAUCGAAACUUUUAUAGACGAUGAGGAGCUUCGAAAAGGAGAUGAAAUUUCAGGGGCACUGUUGAAGGCCAUUCAAGCAUCCAGGGUUUCAGUCAUUGUUUUCUCCAAAGACUACGCUUCUUCCAAAUGGUGCUUGGCUGAGCUGGUCAAGAUCAUGGACUGCAACAAAUGGGUUGUUCCUGUAUUUUACGGUGUAGACCCAAGAGACCUACGGAACCAAACAGGGAGUUUUGCAGAUGCAUUUGCAAAGCAUGAAGAAAAUUUCAAGCAUGAGUCAGGAAAGGUGAAAACCUGGAGAAGUGCUUUGACUGCAGCUGGCAAAUUAUCCGGUUGGGAUUCACAAGUCACUCGGCCUGACUCAACUCUGGUAGAUAAAAUUGUCGAAGAUGUAGUGAAGAAAUUGAAUUGUGGAAGCUCAAGCGCUAAUUUAAAGGGUUUAGUUGGAAUUGAAAGGCGGAUGCAGGAAGUUUUGUCAUUAUUUCAAGACGGAUUCCCAGAUUUUCGAAUGCUAGGCAUUUGGGGUAUGGGAGGUAUAGGCAAAACUACACUUGCCGACGCCAUUUAUCACCAUGUUUCAAAUGGUUUCCAAAGAUGCUGCUUUCUUGCAAACGUGAGAGAACAUGAAGAACAAAGAGAAUUACUAAAAUUGCGUAACGAAUUUCUUUCAACUAUAUUAGAAGAUGAAAAUUUAUACAUCUCAACUCCCACAAUCGGAUCAGGCUUUCUUAAGGACAGGCUUUCCAAGAAGAAGGUUCUGAUAGUUUGUGAUGAUGUGUCAAAGUUAAGCCAAAUCGAGUUUUUAUUCGGAGGAAUCGAUCGGAUCGGUCCUGGAAGUCGAGUCAUUGUUACCACUAGAAAUAAACAAGUGCUUGUCCAGUGUGGCAUUGAUCUCAUUUAUGAUAUGAAGGAGUUAGAUAAAGAUGAAUCUGUUCAGCUCUUCUGUCAAUGUGCUUUCAAAAGUACUAAUCCUACAGAAUAUCAGUUGAAGCUAUCAAAGAUGGCUUUAAGUGUUGCUAAGGGAAACCCUUUAGCUAUUAGACUUAUCGGAUCCUCUCUUUACGGCAAGACCAAAAGCUACCAGGAAAGUGAAGUAAAGAAAUUAAAUAAAGUUCCUAAGCAGGACAUUCAAGAAGUGUUGAAAUGGAGUUUUGAUGGACUAGAUUGUGAAGAGAAAGAAAUGUUUCUUGACAUUGCUUGUUUCUUUAAAGGGAAGCAUCGAGACUACGUAACAAGGAUUAUGGAUGCUUGUUAUGACUCUGCACAUUCGGGAAUUGAGAAUCUCAUUGAUAAAUCUCUUAUAUCUGUUUCACAAAAUCAGAUAGCAAUGCAUGAUUUAUUGCAACAGAUGGGUUUGAAUAUUGUACGCGAUGAAUCACCUUUAAAACUUGAAAAACGCAGUAGGUUGUGGAUUCCUGAGGACAGCUAUAAUGUGCUAUCAGAAAACAAUGGAACGGAAAUGCUCAGAGGCAUUGAACUUGAUAUGUCCCAACUUGCAAAGUUGGAAUUGGAACCGACAGCCAUGAUGAAGAUGCGAAAGCUAAGAUUUCUCAAAUUCUAUCAUUCUUAUGGAAGAAUCUUACUUUUUAAUGGGCUUUUAUCACUUCCUGAGGAGCUAAGGUACCUUUACUGGGAGGGAUACCCUUUGAGAUCUUUGCCCACCAAGUUUGAUCUAGGGUACCUAGUUGAACUUGAUAUGAGGAAGAGCCAUCUUGAACAACUCUGGGAGGGAAAACAGGAUUUAGUAAAUUUGAAGGUUAUCACACUCGACUUCUCCCUGAACCUUGUAAGAAUCCCGGACCUCUCAAGAGCCCCAAAUCUUGAAAAGAUAAACCUUCUCUGGUGUUCUAACUUGCGUGACCUUCCUUCAUCCCUUCAACAUCUUGAGAAGCUAACUCUUUUGAAUGUCAACUCUUGUGAAAAUCUUAGAUCUCUGCCUAGCUUUUACAAAGCCACAUCCCUAACCGACCUUGAUCUUGGAGGCUGCUCCAAUCUGUGUAGUUUUCCAGAAAUCAUGGGCACCAUGGAGAGUUUGAGGCAUCUUGUUUUAAGUGGAACGGCUUUGAAGGAAUUACCAUCCUCAAUGGGCAAUCUUAUUGGUCUUAAGUAUUUGAGCUUGAGCGAUUGCGAAAACUUUGUUUGCCUUCCUGACAGCAUUUAUAAAUUGAAAUCUCUCGAGAGAUUCUAUCUUAAAGGUUGCUCAAGAUUGGAGAUUUCCCGGAAAUCAUGGACACCAUGGAGUGGUUGUAUGAACUUGAUUUAAGCGGAACGGCUUUGAAGGAAUUACCAUCCUCAAUUGGCAAUCUUAUUGGUCUUAUGCGUUUGAAUAUGAACAACUGUAAAAACCUUGUUUGCCUUCCUGACAGCUUUUAUAAAUUGAAAUCUCUCAGGAGAUUCUA